UCACGUCACAUAUCCCUCAACUGCAUUCAUCGCCAUUUCCCGUUUCAUUCCGCGCUCCAGCCUUCAGCACUCAGCGCUGACGAGCUCUGCCUUCGCCCUUGCUUUCGGGCUUGCGUCUUUUUCCCGGCCUUUCCCACUUCUGCCUGCAGCUGCUACGUACCAAGCACCUUGCGUGAUAUGCGUCCGUCUUCGCGUAAUCUCUCCGCUCAUUUAUUUGUGGCAGGCGCGCGGAUAGUUCAUCUCCAAAUUGGUCAUGCCGUCGUUCCUCAUCGCGUGUUGAAGCAUCUUCGGCCGUCGCUCGACUUCCGCGACUGACAUCGAUUCCAGUCUUGCCUCGCUCCCACGCCUCAUCCUAUUCAACCCCCCUUGGAUUCCUACAGCGCGUUCGGUGCUGAUUUUUUCGCCAUGGCUCCUACGCCAGCCGACAUCUCGUCUGCUGUUUCCACUGCAGCGGCCGCCCUUGGUAACAGCGCGGAGCGGCGCCACCACGAUGCCGCUACCGGAGGACCCGCCGGAGAGAACACAUCGAUUCGCGACGCCCUGGUGAAACCGGAGGAGCCACGUACUAUUCCCGCGACUGUCCCCGACACGCUACCAGCCACACCAACUGCACGUACUGCUCCUUCGGAUGACGUCAGCGUCUCCAUCGGUGAUGCUGAAGCCACGGGGGACGCGGUAGUCGCCCCUCCUGCUGGUGGCGCGGCGGACCACGAGGAGCGCGCGGAUUCAGCUGAGGCACGUGGCGAGGAUAGCGGAAGCAAGAAGCAUGGCAGCGGUAGAAGCAGGCCGUCUAGCGCGCAUGGCGGCGACCGCGAGGGCAGCUUCAAGCGAAGGAUUUUCGGGAGCUUCAGCAGCACGGCGAGCAGCGACAACUGCAACCUCGACGCCGAAAACGGCGGACGAAACGGGCAUGCGCCUCCGCAGGAGCUGAAAAUGGGCCACUCGCACUACUCGCAUCGCUCUCCUUGGCUGCGCGCCGCUCUGCUGGGCGCGAAUGACGGGCUCGUGUCCACGGCGUCGCUCAUGAUCGGUGUGGGUGCCGUGGAGGAAGAUAAGAGCGCCAUGGUGAUAUCCGGGCUGUCUGGGCUCGUGGCGGGCGCGUGCAGCAUGGCCAUCGGCGAGUACAUCUCCGUGUUCGGGCAGCGCGACACGGAGGAGGCGGACCUGCGCAAGGAGCGGGCGGAGUUCGCCAAGGGACCGCAGGCGUGCGAGCGGGAGCUGGAGGAGCUGACUCUCAUCUACGUGGAGCGCGGGCUGUCGUACGAACUGGCGCGCACUGUGGCCGUCGAGCUGCACAAAGGCGACCCAAUCAGAGCGCAUGCCAGGGACGAGCUCGGGAUCGACUUGGAUGCUCUGUCGAACCCCGGCCAGGCGGCUAUUGUGUCGGCCAUAGCGUUCACGAUUGGCGGCCUGAUUCCUCUGCUCUCUGGGGCGUUCAUCUCCCAUUUCCCCACGCGCCUUACUGUCAUGAUCUUUGUCUCCACCUUCACCUUCUUAGUGUUUGGAGCUAUUGGGGCAUGGCUGGGUGGCGCAAGAAAGUUCCGUGCUGCCUUGCGUACCACAAUUGGAGGCUGGCUGGCCAUGGGCGUCACUUAUGCAGUGCUCAAGAUCUUUGGGACAACAGGGGUUUAAGGAAAUCCACUAUUCAAGCUCUCCAUACAUUAGUUUGAGUGCCGUUGUAUUUUCUAGAACUCUUAUUUGAGCUUUUGUAAUGUUUGUGUCCAUAGCAUU